AUGGACGCUUUCAAGAAACAGUUGGAUGACAUGAAGGAAACUUUCACCUACCGCAUGAGAGACUUUCAAAAGGAUCUACAAAAGGGAAACUCUGAUGCGGCAAGUCCAUCAAGCAGGCUAGCAUCUGACUUUGCAGUUUUCCGCACAUUUGUAAUGACAUCACUUGAAUGUCUACAGAACCAGAUGGAGCUUUUGUCCCGCCUUGCUGAUCAGAUGGAAACUAGAAGUCGGGGUAAGAUUCUCCUUAUACAUGGGGUACCUGAGUCUAAAAACGAGAACACUGCAUCGCUUGUUGCUACAACACUAGCGAAGCACCUCUCCGUUACUACAUUGACCCCUGACUCUUUCUCUAAAUGUUACCGAAUGGGCCAAGCUAAGUCUGAGAAACCCAGAGUGAUUUUAAUAAAGUUCCGGGACCACUUAAUGAAAUCUAAGAUAUGGCACGACAAGAAAGAAUACUGGUCUGACACUGUCUGA